CCAGGCUACAUACUAGCAUUUUAACUGGAGCAUCAGUAGAGUACUCUGAUCUGUCUAGGACUGAUGACCUCCUGACUGUCAGUCUGUGCGCAGCACUGCAAUUAACUAGCGUGUGGGAUAAUUUCUGUCCCAGGCACAUGGAUUUGAGGAAGUUUGCUUUGGGAAUUUUUAUCCUGCUUUGCAUGCGGUCAGGUAUUGCUAACAAGGAGCACUGGAGCUAUCAAGAAGGAGACUUGAAUGAAGCCGUUUGGGGUUUGAAGUAUCCGGCCUGCAUUGGCUUGCACCAAUCUCCAAUCGAUAUUCAGAAGAAAAAAGUGAAGUUUAAUAUGACUCUACCCCAUUUGGAGUUAAGUGGAUAUGAUGGACCACAUGAGGGACCAUUCCUGAUGAUCAAUAAUGGACAUUCAGUUGCAAUAAACUUGCCACCCUCCAUGUUUAUCAGCAAAGGGUUGCCAAAUCGUUACACAGCCGUUCAGAUGCAUUUCCACUGGGGUGGCCUUGACCUGGAGAGCAGUGGCUCAGAGCAUACAAUUGAUGGCAUCCGCUAUGUGGCAGAGCUGCAUAUUGUUCACUAUAAUUCAGACAAAUACAGCAGCUUCUUGGAAGCUUCCGAUAAAGCAGAUGGAUUGGCCGUGCUCGCAUUUUUCUAUGAGGAUGGGCACUUCGAAAACACGUACUACAGUGGCUUUAUAUCCAGCCUAAGCAAAGUCAGAUAUGCAGGGCAAUUCACAGAAAUACAGCCAAUAGACAUUAGGAACAUGCUGCCCCAUAACCUCUCAAACUUCUAUAGGUACAGAGGGUCUUUAACAACUCCACCCUGUUUUGAGACAAUAAUCUGGACCAUUUUUGACUCAACAAUUGUGCUCUCAUCCAAUCAGAUCAGGUUAUUGGAAACUUCUGUGUUAGAUUGGGAAAACAAAACUUUGAAGAAUGAUUAUCGACGCGCACAGCCUGUCAAUGACAGAAUUGUGGAAGCCUCUUUUCAACCUGCUGUGAUGAAGGCAGGUUCCUGCCAUCUUGAAACAAUUCAUGAGAAAUUGGACAAAAUUGAAGCGAUUCUGAACAAUGUUGAUGCAAAUGCAGAAUCAAGAUGUCCAGGCAGCAAAUUGUUUUCCCAUCCCAGUUUUCACUUCUCGGAGGACAGCCUCUCCAGUUUCGUGGAAAUCCAAACUCUUCGCAACAUGAAUCUCAGUUCCUUUACCAUCUGCAUGUGGGUCAGGACAAGAGACUCCCAGCCGAGAAUUCUUCUGUCAUAUGCAACAGAGGAUAGUGACAAUGAACUGGUUAUCUCUGUGGGUCUCGAUUGGGGAGUAUGGAUUGGAGGGCACUUUGUAAACAUGACAUUGCACUUCAGUCCAAAUGAAUGGGUGCACUACUGUGUGACGUGGGCUUCUCAAUCAGGAGCUGUGGAAAUGUGGACUAAUGGACUGUCAGGAAGGAUCAAUUAUCUGAAGAAAGGGUAUGUUAUUAAAACUGGUGGUACCCUGCUGCUGGGUAAAGAUCACGACGGCAUUGUGGGAGUGUUAUCUGAUGCUUUCAUUGGUGACAUCACCACUGUUAACAUGUGGGAUUAUGUUCUCAGUCCCUUGGAAAUUCGAAAUUUAAUGGAAUGCAGAUAUAGAUGGAAAAGGGGAAACGUUAUAGGUUGGGGAAAGAGUUCCACAGCAGUAUUUGGAGGGGUGAAACUCGAAGAGGAUAGUAUUUGUUUAGGGUAAUUUAUUCAAAUUGCCAUGUGCCAUCUGGGGAAGGCCAGGGAACUGUUAACCAGUUCACCUUCACCACUAGUGUGUUGGUUUGGGAAAGUAGAAACCGUUUUAUAUUUACAGACUGAUUUUGAAAAUCAUUAAUAAACAGGUCACACAAAACUACAAAUUGGUUAUAGAGGUCAUAAUCAGCUCCAUCAGUAAAUGUGGACCCCAUGGUUAUGGGGAGACAGACACAUGUGGUAAUGUCACUGGAUGAGUAAUCCAGACCCAGGCUAAUGCUUUGAACAUGGGUUCAAAUCCCACGCGGUAGCUAGUGGAAUUUAACUUCAGUGAAUAAAGUUUGGAAUUGAAAGUUAAUCUCUGUAACAAUGGCCAUGAAACUAUCAUCAUUGGGUAUAAAGAACCCAGCUACUUUACUAGUAUCCUUUAAGGGAUGGGCUUAUGAUGCAAUAGUAGUGUAUUUGACUCCAGAUCAGAAGAUUGUGCGUUCAAGUCGUGUCAGGCUCAGAAAGCUUGGAGCAGCAUGGUGGCUCAGUGUUUAGCACUGCUGAUCUACAGCGCCAGGGGCCUGGGCUUAAGCCUGGUCUCAGGCAACUCUCUGUGUGGAGCUUGCACAUUCUCCCUGCACUUAUGUAGGUUUCCUUCCACAGUCCAAAGAUGUGCAGGUUAGGUGGAUUGGUCAUGCUGAAUUGUCCCAUAGUAUCCAGGGAUGUGCAGGCGAGGUGGAUCAUUCAUGGGAAAUGCAGGAAUGGGGUAAGGGAUAGUGGGUCUGGUUGGGAUGGUCUUUGGAGGGUCAGUGUUGACUUGAUGGGCUGAAUGGCCUUUUCCACACUAUGGGGAUUCUAUGAUUCUAAGGGAAGGAAAUCUGUUGUCCUUUUCCAGCCUGUCCUACUUGUGACUUCAGUCCUGCAGCAAUAUGCUUGACCCUUGAAUGCUCCGUGUCAUGGCCCAGCAGGUCUCCCAGUUCAAAGGCAAUUGGGGAUGGGCAACAAAUGCUGGCCUUGUCAACAACAUACACACCCCUUGAAAGAACAAUGAGAAAAACCGUUAGAGUGUAUAACAGGAGCUUGGU